AUGCCCAUCCUUAAUGGCGACUCCAUGGCGACUCCAAGCCGAGACGUCUUGGACUUUUCCUCCGCGCUUGAUGUCCUCAAGAAGGAGUAUCCCGAGCGAGACGGCAUAGACGUCAAGACGCUCAUCGACUCCAAGACCCACGGCGGCCUGACCUACAAUGACUUCCUCAUCCUGCCCGGCUACAUCGGCUUUGCCGCGUCCCAGGUCACUCUCGAGACGCCCGUCACCAAGCGCAUCACGUUGAAGACGCCCUUCGUAUCCUCCCCCAUGGACACCGUGACCGAGCACAACAUGGCCAUCCACAUGGCCCUGCUGGGCGGCCUCGGCGUCGUCCACCACAACUGCUCCGCCGAGGAGCAAGCUGAGAUGGUGCGCAAGGUCAAGCGCUUCGAGAACGGCUUCAUACUCGACCCAGUAGUCAUCUCGCCCAAGACCACUGUGGGCGAGGCGAAGGCGCUUAAGGAGAAGUGGGGUUUCGGCGGUUUCCCAGUGACUGAGGACGGCAAGCUCCGCUCCAAGCUCGUCGGCAUAAUCACCCCCCGCGACAUCCAAUUCCACGCCGACCUCGACGACCCCGUCACAGCCGUCAUGUCCACCGACUUGGUGACGGCCCCCGAGGGCGUCGAUCUCCUCGAAGCAAACUCCAUUCUGAGCAAAUCGAAGAAAGGCAAACUCCCGAUUGUCGAUUCGAACUUCAACCUCGUCGCCCUCCUCUCGCGCUCAGAUUUGAUGAAGAAUCUCCACUACCCCCUCGCCUCCAAGCUGCCGCACUCGAAACAGCUCAUCUCGGCCGCCGCAAUCGGCACGCGUCCCGACGACAAGGCCCGGCUCCAGAAGCUCGUGGAUGCGGGGCUCGAUAUCGUCGUGCUAGAUUCCAGCCAGGGGAACAGCAUGUACCAGAUCGACAUGGUGAAGUUUAUCAAAAAAGAACAUCCAGCUCUCGACGUCAUAGGCGGCAACGUUGUCACGCGCGAGCAAGCCGCCUCCCUCAUCGCCGCGGGCUGUGACGGGCUGCGCAUCGGCAUGGGCAGCGGCAGCGCCUGCAUCACGCAGGAGGUCAUGGCGGUCGGGCGGCCCCAGGCGGCCUCCGUCUACAACGUCACCUCCUUCGCCGCGCGCUUCGGGGUGCCGUGUAUCGCGGACGGCGGCAUCCAGAACGUCGGGCAUAUUGUCAAGGGCCUUGCGCUGGGCGCGACGACGGUCAUGAUGGGCGGGUUGCUGGCGGGCACGACGGAGAGCCCCGGGCAGUAUUUUGUGUCCAGGGAGGGGAAGUUGGUCAAGGCGUAUAGGGGCAUGGGGAGUAUUGAUGCGAUGGAGGACAAGAAGGCCGGCGCUGGCGGGAAGGACGCGAAAGCGUCGAAUGCGGGGACGGCGCGCUACUUCUCGGAAGGCGACAGACUGCUGGUUGCGCAGGGCGUGUCGGGGAGCGUGCAGGAUCGCGGGUCCGUGACGAGGUUCGUGCCGUACCUCAUGGCGGGCGUGCAGCAUAGCCUCCAGGAUAUUGGGGUCAAGAGCAUCGCGGAGUUGAGGAGGGGGGUUGAGGAGGGAAGUGUGAGGUUUGAGGUUAGGACGGUGAGUGCGCAGGCGGAGGGAGGCGUGCACGGGUUGGAGAGCUUUGACAAGAAGCUGUACUCGUAG